ACUCACAGCUCUUAGAAUAAUCACCCUCUUUCUGGUCCAUGGUGAUGUCCUCUCACCCCCUGGGCUUGUCCUGUGCUGGACAAGGCACCUGCUCAGUCAACAUCAGCCAGAUGCCAGAAUAGAGAAAGGCUGAAAGAAACUUUGCAUUUAUGUUGUCUCAGGAAAGGAAAUGAAUGCCCAUGGUUACGUGAGUUCUAGAAAAGGCAGAGUCAGAACUGCAACAGAAAUUGGGCUGCUCCUGUGUUCUACCCAGCAUCCUCUGCCCUCAUGCUGAGGUGUUACUCUCUGGACUUUAGUGUCACAUGACGUGGAGGCAGUGCGUGUGGCGUCUGCUGAGACUCAGAGGUCUUCUGAAAAGUCCCAGAACCUGCUGUCUCCUCCACUACCUUCCAGGGAGGGCAGAUGGCGGCUGAGUAAGAACUGAGACUUGUCACACGGAACUACACCCCAUGGGUCUGUCUGUCCUGCUGAGCUGUGGACAUUGUACGUCAUCUGCACCACUGGGAACCCUGGAAGACAGCAUUAUGACCCUGACCUUCAUCACUCUUCUCGGUCUUGGGCUGUGUUGGGGCCCGUGGGACCAGGUCCAGGCAGGACUCCCCCCCAAACCCUCCAUCUGGGCUGACCCAGGCCCCAGGGUCAGCAAGGGGAGCCCUGUGACCAUCUGGUGUCAGGGAUCUCUGCCGGCGGAUCGCUACAGUCUGUAUAAAGAAAGGGGCUUUCAGCCCUUGGAUACAAGGAUCCCACAGGCCUCCAGCAACAAGGCAGGGUUCCCCAUUAAGUCCAUGAGCCCCAACAGUGCAGGGAGAUACCGCUGUGCAUAUUCCAGCUCCAGACACUGGUCCGAGCGGAGUGACCCCCUGUCGCUGGUGAUGACAGGAGAGUACAGUGCACCCUCCCUCUCAGCACACCCAGGCCCAGUGGUGGCCUCAGGGGGGAGAGUGUCCCUCUUCUGUAUCUCAAAGGACACAUCGGGCCCUUUCCACCUGCUGAAGGAGGGAGGGGCUGAGCAACUCCAACACAGGAAAUCAGACCAGAGAUCCUAUGCUGGGACAUGGCAGGCUGUCUUCCCUGUGGGCCCCGUGAGCUCCUCCCAUGGGGGGACCUACAGAUGCUAUGGUUCCUCCAGCUCCAACCCCAAUGUGUGGUCACAGCCCAGUGCUGCUCUGCACCUCGAGGUCACAGGUGUGUAUAGGGAGCCCUCCCUGUCAGCCCAGCCAGGCCCCCUGGUGCUGCCUGGAGAAAGCCUGACCCUCCAGUGUCACUCAGAGCCCGGCUUUCACAGAUUCGCUCUGACCAAGGAUGAGGGGACCACACCCCCUCAGAGUCUCCAUGGGAAGCACAGCCCCAACUUCCCCCUGGGCCCUGUGAACCUUACCCACGGGGGCCAGUACAGGUGCUACAGUGGACACAACCUCUCCUAUGUGUGGUCAGCCCCCAGCCCACCCCUGGACAUCCUGAUUACAGGAAUAUACGAGAAACCCUCCCUCUCAGCACAGCCAGGGCCCUCAGUGCCCUGGGGAGCAAACGUGACCCUGCAGUGUGGAUCUGAGGUCAAGGCUGACACCUUCCACCUGCACAGGGAGGGGUCCCUGGAUCCUCCCCAGUGGCUUCAUCUGCAGGACACGGCUGGCCCCUCUCAGGCCAACUUCACCAUCAGCCCUGUGACCUGGAGCCACAAUGGGACCUACAGGUGCUACAGCUCACACAGCUCAUCCCCCUUCCAGCUGUCACAGCCCAGUGACCCCCUGGAGCUCCUGGUCUCAGAAGGCUCUGAGUAUCUGCCCCUCCCUACCACGGAGUCAGGACCACAGAGUGCCGAAGGUCUCCAACGGUCCCUGAACGUACUGACUGGGGUGUCAGUGACCCUCCUCCUCCUCCUCUCCCUCUUCCUCUUCUUCCUCCUCCGACACCAAAAUCAGAGCAAAGACAGGACAUCGGGGGCCACAGACCCGGAGCCCAAGGAUAGGGGCCUGCACCCCAGAUCCAACCCAGCUGUGGACACCCAGGAAGAGCCCCUCUAUGCUGCCAUGAAGGAUCCACAGCCCAGGGAGAGAGUGGUGCUGGACCCACAGCAGAACAGGACCCAUGACAACUCCCAGAGAGAGACCUAUGCCCUGGUGACCCUCUCAACAUCAAGGCAGAUUCAGGGAAUGGUCCCUUCUCCUUCCCCCCUGUCAGAGGAAUUGCUGGACAGGAAGGGCAGACAAGUAGAAGAAAACAGGCAGAUGGACAGUCAGGCUGCUGCAUCUGAAGACUCCCAGGACUUAACCUACGCCCAGCUGAACCUCUUGACGCCCAAGUGGGAGACAAGUACUCCCCUGUCCUCCCCAUCAGAGAAGCCCCCCGAUGAGCCCAGUGUGUACGCUGCUCUGUCCUUCCACUAGCCCAGGGAGGACCCUGAUCACACACUCCAGGGAGGGGGCCUGCAGGAACCCCAGAAGCCAUAGGAGCCACCAAAAGGACACUCACUAGUGGCCCCAGCCACCCUGAGGACCUGACAUGGACCCCCAGCAGCUUCUGGGACCCUCUGGGAGUCCCCUGAUUCUGCAAUCACAGAUAAGUAAUAUCCCUAUACUUUGGAAUCAAAGCAACAGACUUCUCAAGAAUCAAUGUGUGAAUUUAGAACCAAAACGGAAGUGAAAGAAUGCUUCCAAUGAAUGAUAGUGUAAAUACUACAUAUUAAACCUACAAGAUGGAACAUUAACAACCAUGAAUGAACAUCUUAGAGAAGAUAAAGGCUAAGACACAGAAACCACCUAAGUGUCCUCCCACAUGUGCUGAGAUGAAGGUGUGGCAACCUGUGUGAUGGAGUGUCACUAGGCCACAGAGAUGAAAUCCUGUCAGUGUGGCGACAUGGAGGCAUCGUGAGCAUGUCAUGCUACGUGGGGUAAGUCGGACCCCACAGCACAAGGACUGUACAACUUCACUCCUAUGUGGGUGAGAUCUGAAACUCUGCACUGUCGUAUGUAUUAACUAUAUUGACCUUGUAAUUAAAAAUUUUCCUGCAGAGUGAACCUGGAGUCUGAGAAGUUUCCCUGGCAAAUGCUUCACAACACUCAUGCAUGUGUGAAACACACACAUAUAGGAACAUACACACAACAGCCUUACACAAGCCUCUCCUAAGAGUAAAGGAGGAAGGCACACACCCCAGCACAAUUUAUCAGGCCAGAAAUAAAUUGAUGAUGAAACCAAAUGAGGGAGCUACCAAGAGGGGACCUCACAGGAAGCUCUCUCACGUGAACUCAGGUGCAGCGUCCUAAACAAAGUAUCACCAAGAUGCAUCAAAGCAUAAACUGUGUCAUCCAUCCCGACCAGGCAGGUAUCUGAUUUCAGGAAUGCAGGGUGGUUUCAUAUGUUUAAAAAAUCAAUCAGUAGAAUUCAAAUAUUAAAAGUAAUAGCAAAAAAUAAAAAUAAAAAGAGAUUAUUGACAGAUGCAAAACUUCUGUUGAAAUACGGCACCAACUUACAG